AUGCCGCAAAAGCCGACGUCCCAGUUCCAGCUCACCCAGUUCCCCAACACCGAGGAAGACCGCCUGCUCCCUGCCCCGGACAGUCGCGUCGAGUCGACAGGCGAGAGAAAUUAUAGCCGCCCGGAGCAGUUUCCCGAUCCUGCCGCGGAUCCUGCAAGAGGAAAUAAUUUAGACACUGACGGAAGAAACGUGCAGGGUCAAGCCACAACUGCAGGCUUCAACAGCCACCACCACGAGCACGGGCAGAACUACGACCGCGAGCGCGACGACUCGUACACCUACUCCGUCGACUCGCAUACCCACCUCCGGCCGACGCCUUCCGCCACAUCUUCAUCCACCGGUGCUGCUGCCGCCCACCCACCGCCUCCGAGAUACUCGAGCCCACAUAUGCCGUACCCGCCGCGCCCACCGCUGGACCACCACGAGACGAGCUCCGGAUCCGCGUCCGGGUGGAGGAGGGACACAGAGCAGGGGUACCAGGAGCUCCGCGCGAAUCAUGGCAGUCCCAUGCCUGGGCCUCAAGAUAGUGCUGGUACUGGGUACGGCGUGAACAUGAGCACGAGUGAGACGCAUCUGAUAUACCCUGAUGGGGAGCCACCCAAGACGAAGGUCGGGAAGCUAUACUCGUACCUGCUGACGGUGUCCAUCAUCACACGGUGGAUCCUCUUCAUCGUCCCCAUCCUUGGGAUUAUCUGGAUUCCGGGCAUCCUCGAUUUGACUACAUCGACGGAGAAGAGGCUAUGGGGAGUCAGGCUGAUCUGGUGGAGUAUCUGGUUGAGUGUCCUCUGGGGAGGAUGGUGGGCCGCGCUUGCUGUUGCUCGUAUUGUACCAGGAAUUGUCAGAUCUACGGUCGGUGUCGUCGCCGUCAGCACGAGGCGCUACAUCGAUUGGAUGCAAGCACUACAUAGAUAUAUCGCGUUGUUCGCAUGGGCUCUGGCCAAUUGGGUUUCCUUCAACCCUUUAAUCGACAACCACCAAGCCGAAGGCACCGGCCAAAAAAGCGUGAAUGCCGUCGACCUCAUCGCGAAGAUCCUCUUCGGCGUCUUCCUCUGCACAGCCGUCCUUCUGUUCGAGAAAUUCGCGAUUCAGUGGAUCGCUGGCAAGUUCCACGAACGGUCUUAUGCUGAGCGUAUUGCUGACCAAAAGGCCGCGGUCAAAACCCUGGUCGCGCUUUAUAAACACUCUAUUGACGUCCCAGGGCGAACGGACACAUUAGGCCCGGCUAAUAUCAAGAACACCAUUACGAACCCACGUCGCAUCUUCCGCAAGCUGAGGGAAGGUGUGCGAUUCGCGACCACUACGACGGCUACGGUCUUCGGAAACGUCGCCUCCGAGAUCGCUGGAAGCUCCGUGCUCCAACCCAACUCUCCGCAAGCAGUGAUCAAAACGGCGCUGGAAUCAGCGAACAAAUCGCGUCUCCUCGCGAGACGCCUAUUCUAUUCAUUUGCUAAAAACGGUGCCGACUUCUUGAUUGUGGAAGAUAUUGAGCGGUAUUUCCCGACGAAGGAAGAUGCAGUCACUGCGUUUACCCUCUUUGACAAGGAUAGCAAUGGGGACGUCUCGAUGGAGGAGGUGGAGAUGGCUUGCCUGGAAUUCCACCGUGAACAGCUCUCGAUCGAGAACUCGAUGCGCGAUUUGGACAGUGCUGUUGGUCGCUUGGACAAUAUCCUUAUGUCGCUUUACGUCGUGGUCGCCAUUCUCAUCAUCGCCGUCGUUUUGGACGCGUCAGUGACGACCCUCGUUACAGGUGCCGGCACCUUGGUUCUCGGUCUCAGCUGGCUCAUCGGUGGGAGUCUGCAAGAAGUCCUGACGAGUAUCAUAUUCUUGUUCAUCAAACAUCCGUUCGAUGUCGGCGACAGAGUCGUACUAAAUAAGGACACCUACACCGUCAAGGAGAUUCGUCUUUUGUCGACCGUGUUCCUCGACUCUAAUUCGGCUUGUGUGCAAGCCCCGAACAUGCAGCUGAAUACCUUGUUUAUUCAAAACGUCCGUCGAAGUCCUCAGAUGUCGGAAACCUUCACUUUCGAUGUUUCCUAUUCGACUUCUUUUGAAGAUCUUGAGAGGCUGCGUGAGAGGAUGCUUGACUUUGUCAAAGCCGAGAGAAGAGACUACCAACCUGUCUUCGAUGUCACAGUCAAAGAUUUCCCCGAGCAAACCAAAAUGACGUUAUCUGCCGACAUCAAGUAUAAGAGUAAUGGGCAGCACGGUGCCCUCAAAGCUAAACGACGGAACAAAUGGAUAUGCGCUCUCAAAACGGUUUUAGCGGACCUCAAGAUCUACGGUCCUGCCGGAGACCCGGAUGCUGCUGCUGGAGUCGCUCGUUACACCAAAGUCCCAUGGGACCUUAUCGAUGCGCAAGAUCAGGCUGACCGCGCAAAGGCCGAACGUCUGGGACCAGAACCGCGUCCGAUGAUGGCCGGAUGGAAAUUGGACGACAAGAAUGCAGCUAUUUUGGACAGCGCGGAUGUCGUGUUUGGAGAAUCAUCUGAGCUGCAUCUUACGAAUCCUCGACGUGGAUUGUCGCAGACGAACGUGGAAGGCCUACCCGCUGGCCACCACGUCACCUUCAGAGGCCCACCGCAAACCGGUCCUCCAGCCGCCGCGGAUGUGUUUGAGAUGAGGACGCGAACUUAG